CACUCUAUGCGACAACUUACGAAAAUAUAAUCCGUUACAUUGAAUUCCCUUUCCAUAUCGUAGGUUCUGCUGAUUAACUUUUAAUUUUACUCGUCUAUAUAUACGCAUAUGUGUUGACAACAUCCAUGUUCUAUUAAGAUUAUUAGUCGCUACUUAAUGAGGGAAGACGAGAAGGAGGAAGGGUGGAAGUCUAUUCAUUUACCUUCAAAGUGAACGCGGAGAAAGUUCCUUAGCAACAGAGUUUGUGCUUGGUCGGAAAUAACAAGAGUGACAUGUUUAUUUAGGAACUAAACUUUAACUUCUCAAGUGUGCUUAGCUUUUUUUUAAAUAAAUUACUUAUAUAUAUACUUAUAUAUAUUCGGAUUCUGUGCGUUGGCCAAUUGCCCGUAUAUUUAUAUUUCAUAAUGUUUAAAAAUACCUUCCAGAGUGGGUUUUUGUCGAUAUUAUACAGUGUUGGCAGUAAACCGCUUCAGAUAUGGGACAAAAAGGUUCGUAAUGGUCACAUCAAACGAAUCACAGACAAUGACAUUCAAUCAUUGGUUCUUGAAAUAGUUGGCACAAAUGUCAGUACCACAUACAUUACAUGUCCUGCUGAUCCAAAGAAAACUCUUGGCAUCAAACUACCCUUUUUGGUGAUGAUAAUUAAAAAUCUCAAAAAAUAUUUCACAUUUGAAGUACAGGUUUUAGAUGACAAAGGUGUCCGGCGUCGAUUCCGAGCCAGCAACUACCAGAGUACCACCCGUGUAAAACCUUUCAUUUGCACAAUGCCGAUGCGUCUUGAUGACAGCUGGAAUCAGAUACAGUUUAACCUCUCUGACUUUACACGACGAGCCUAUGGAACAAAUUACAUUGAGACAAUCAGAGUACAGAUUCACGCCAACUGCCGUAUUCGGCGAGUAUAUUUCUCCGAUCGUUUAUAUUCUGAAGACGAGCUGCCUGGAGAAUUCAAACUAUAUAUUCCACAAAGCAAGAUCAAACCUUGAGUGAUUUUUAACAAUUAAAACAGAAAAAAAAAAAUUAAAUAAAAUAAACAAAUAAAAAGAAUAAAAAAUAAAAAAGAAUUGAAAGCAAUAAACUUUGUAAAUAUCUUAGACUUUACAUUGAAAAUAUGUUUCCUCUACUCGCACAUUUGUCCACAGUGUGUGUCUAUGUACGUACGUACGUACGUAUGUAUGUAUGUAUAUAUAUAACCCAUGCUAGCAUGGAAAGCGGACGUUAAACGAUAUAUAUAUAUAUAUAUAUAUAUAUAUAUAUAUAUAUAUAUAUAUAUAUAUAUAUAUAUAUAAAGGUAUAUAUGCAUAUAAAUUUGUGUGUGUGUGUAUAUAUAUAUAUAUAUAUAUAUGUAUGUAUGUAUGUAUGUAUGUAUAUAUAUAUAUAUAUAUGUCGACCAUGAGUAUCAUUUGUCUUUAGUCUUUAAACUUUAGUCCUUCUGGUCUUAUUUUAACUUAAUUCAUUCUCUUCUCAAUUAUCAUUUUGUAGUGCUAGAAAGUUGUAGCUAUACUUUUUGAAUAAAUUAUUCCAUUGCAAAGUA